CCUCUCAACCAGGCCAUGCUCUACAGAUACUGCUGUAAACUCAACAAGAAGCUCAAGUCCUUCACCAUGUCCAGAAAGAAACUGGUUCACUACACCGGUUACGAGCAGAAGAACAGAGCCAACGCCGCCGUUCUCAUCGGUGCCUACGCUGUCAUAUAUUUGAAAAGAAGUCCAGAAGAAGUCUACAGGACUCUGAUCUCAGGGAACAACGUAGGCUACAUGCCUUUCAGGGAUGCAGCAGCAGGAGAGAGCUCCUUCAACCUUAACAUCCUCGACUGUCUACAAGGAAUACGCAAGGCUCUGCAGUACGGGUUUCUGGACUUUGAAAACUUUGACGUUGAAGAAUAUGAACAUUAUGAGCGAGUAGAAAAUGGGGACUUGAACUGGAUCAUUCCAGGGAAAAUUCUGGCCUUCAGCAGCCCUCAUCAUCGCAGUAAAACAGAGAACGGUUAUCCUCUCCACGCAGCAGAGGCGUACUUUGCAUACUUCCAUCAGAAUUAUGUCACAGCCGUGGUGCGUCUGAACAGGAAGUUGUAUGAGGGCAGGAAGUAUGAGGAUGUAGGGAUCGAGCAUCACGACCUCUUCUUUCUGGACGGGACCACGCCCUCCGACCUCAUCGUCAGGCGUUUCCUGCACGUGUGUGAGAGCACAGAAGGAGCUGUGGCUGUGCACUGUAAAGCUGGCCUGGGUCGUACUGGAACUCUGAUUGGAUGUUACCUGAUGAAGCAUUACCGCUUCACUGCAGCGGAGGCCAUCGCUUGGAUCAGAAUCUGCAGGCCUGGAUCCAUCAUUGGCCCCCAGCAGAACUUCUUAGAGGAGAAACAGCACAGUUUGUGGGUGCAGGGUGACGUCCAUCGCUCCAAACAGAAGCUGGUCCAGCAGAGACAGAGUCGGCGGCAGCAGCUGCAGCAUCAGCAGCAGCCUCACACCUCUGACUCUGCGGUGACCAAACAAGAAACUAUGUCCCGCCUGCUGUCCAGCAUGGAUGACCUGUCAAUCAACACCACCCUCUACAAAUCAUACAGCGUGGAUGAGAAUAACUUUAGGGAAGCCAGUUUAACUCAGGGAGACCACCUCAGAGCCCUGAAGGGGAACCGUCCUCCUAGAUCUGCCUCAUCCUCCUCAAGAUUGAACUUGUCCAAGGCUUCUUACUGCUCCAUCCCCUCACCCCCUAAGUCCUCUAAGGUCCCCCUCUCCUUCUCCUCAUCCUCCUCCUCUUCUAAGAAGCUGAUACGAAGUUCCUCCUCCUCAGCCAUGCAGAUCAGGAGUCCCUUCAGCCUCAGUCUGUUCACUAACAGGCCUGCUGUCAUUCACUGA